CUUAUCUUCUUUUUUUAAAAAGUCUUCAACCAUUCGAGGAUCUCAUCUUCUUCUUCUUCAUCCUCCCACCCAAGCCUUUUUCAUGAAGCUCAUCUAUACUUAUAUCUCUCUUCUCAUAAGUCUACUACUCUCUCUACUACUCUUGAAAGGAUUCUUCCUUGGAUGGUUUACAGAAAGGAAGAAGAAGCAAUACCAUCCAAUAUCCAGCACUGUCUUCCAUCAGCUCUUGAAUUUUGGGAGGCUGCACCAUUACCACACAGACCUUGCGCGCAGGCAUACAACCUUCAGGCUCUUUGGAGUCGGCAACAGCGAGAUCUACACCGCCAACCCAGCCAACGUUGAAUACAUGCUCAAAACCAACUUCACUAACUAUGCUAAGGGAACAUAUCACUAUGAUAUUCUGAGUGGCCUCUUAGGAGAUGGGAUUUUUGCAGUUGACGGAGAAAAAUGGCGCCACCAAAGGAAGAUAGCGAGCUAUGAGUUCUCCACCAAAGUCUUGAGGGAUUCCAGUAGCGUUGUAUUUCGACGCAAUGCUGCAAAACUUGCCCACAUUGUUUCUGAUGCCGCAACCUCCAAUCAAGAAAUGGAUAUGCAAGAUUUGUUCAUGAAAUCAACACUGGAUUCGAUAUUCAAGGUCGGGUUUGGUUUGGAAUUGAACAGUCUAUGUGGCUCCAGCGAAGAAGGGAGAAGGUUUGCUGAGGCUUUCGAUGAGUCGAGUGUGCUGACAUUUUGGCACUAUGUUGAUCCAUUGUGGAAGCUGAAGAAACGUUUCAAUAUUGGGUCAGAAGCAAUGCUUCAGGAGAAAAAGAAAUCGAUCGAUGAAUUCGUGUAUAAGCUGAUUCAAAGCAAGAAGGAGCAAAUGUCUGGACAGCGAGAUUCGAUGGAGAAAGAAGACAUCUUGUCAAGGUUUCUAGCAUUGAGUCAUGAGGAUCCAGUAAACAUGAACGAUUGCUACUUGAGAGACAUAAUACUGAAUUUCAUAAUCGCGGGCAAGGACACAACGGCUCUCACGCUCUCAUGGUUUGUUUACAUGAUUUCCAAGAACACUGUCGUGCAAGAAAAGAUCGCUCGAGAGGUAAAAGAAGCAACACAUGCACAAGAUUCAUCAUCCAUUGAUCAAUUCACCACAAGCAUGAGGGAAGAAGCACUCAACAAGAUGCACCAUCUCCAUGCAGCUCUAACUGAGACUCUCAGACUCUAUCCUCCAGUUCCAGUGGAUGGGAAAUUCUGCCUAGCAGAUGACACCUUACCAGAUGGAUUCGAAGUUAGAAAAGGGGACAUGGUGGCAUACCUACCUUAUGCCAUGGGCAGGAUGAAGUUCAUAUGGGGUGAGGAUGCAGAGGUUUUCCGCCCAGAAAGAUGGAUCGACGAUGAUGGCAUUUUCCAGCCCGAAAGCCCCUUCAAAUUCACGGCCUUCCAGGCGGGACCACGCAUCUGUUUGGGGAAGGAAUUUGCGUAUAGACAGAUGAAGAUCUUCGCAGCAGUCCUACUUCAUUUCUUCAGGUUCAAGCUCAGUGACAAGAAGAAGACUGUCAAAUACAGAACCAUGAUCACUCUUCACAUCGAUGAGGGCCUUUAUGUUCAAGCCUAUCAUGCAUGAAGUACUACUUUUAAGUCUCAUGAAGACUAGUAACAAGGUAAUGGGAGCCACAUGCAGAGAUUGCGGGACAAUCAGAAACCUCCAUUUCAUGGGUGCUAGUGUAGAUGGGCCACAGUCCGGUGAUGAUGUUGAAACGCUUACCGCAACCAUCAAUAUUUCCAGUUGAAUUUUGGACUGGUUGAAAAUAUUUUCCAAUGGCCCACAUUCAGCUGUAAAAGUUGGUCUAAAUUAUUAAUUCAUCUGAGUCUUGGACCAUGGAUCAUCCACAACAAAGGUCUGAGGAUGGGCGAUUCCAAUCAUCUGGCCAUCUCUCUACAUGUAAGUCUCAUGAAGCAAACAUGCCAUGUGAGCCUGAGCGCCAGUUUGGUUAUAUUAUUCUCAAGUAUGUUGUGAAAUGUCAUUGAUGGAAGUCUAGAUGUUAUACUUCCUUUUUUUUGGAAGAUAGAUGUUAUAAUGUAAGGAAAAUGAAUGAAAAGUGUUCAAUAAUGAAAAUGUUUUCAACCACCUGUUUCACUU